GCUGGGGGCUCUCCUACUCUCCCUGUCCUCGCCUGGAGCUGGGCACUGCUGAGGAGAGGCCUGUGGAUGGAGACUUCUUAGCAGCAUGGAGGUGGCACUUAGCAACUACAGCCCAAAAAGAUCCCUCUGCCAUGAACCAGCCUGCCCCCAGGGCCCCCCCUCCACCCCGACGUGUGCGACUGAAGCCCUGGCUGGUGGCCCAGGUGAACAGCUGCCAGUACCCAGGGCUUCAAUGGGUCAAUGGGGAGAGGAAAUUCUUCUACAUCCCCUGGCGCCAUGCCACGCGGCAUGGCCCCAGCCAGGACGGAGAUAAUACCAUCUUCAAGGCCUGGGCCAAGGAGACAGGAAAAUACACUGAGGGGGUGGACGAGGCGGACCCGGCCAAAUGGAAGGCCAACCUGCGCUGUGCCCUUAACAAGAGCCGUGACUUCCGCCUCAUCUACGAUGGACCCCGGGACAUGCCACCUCAGCCCUACAAGAUCUACGAGGUCUGCUCUAAUGGCCACGCGCCUGCAGAGUCUCAGCCCUGUGAGGAUUAUGCUUUUGGUGCAGGAGAGGAGGAGGAGGAGGAAGAGGAAGAGCUCCAGAGGAUGUUACCAAGCCUGAGCCUCACAGAAGCAGUGCAACCUGGCCCCCCCAUGGCACCCUAUUCUUUACCCAAAGAGGAUGUCAAGUGGCCACCCACUCUCCAGCCACCUGUGGUGCUGGGCCCUCCUGCACCAGACCCCAGCCUCCUGGGCCCCACCCCUGGGAACCCUGCUGGCUUUGGGGAGCUUCUCCCUGAGGUCCUGCCAAGUCUGCAGCCUGGACCCCUGGCUGCCAGCCUGCCCCCCACGGGCGAACAACUCCUGCCGGACCUGCUGAUCAGCCCCCACAUGUUGCCUUUGACUGACCUGGAGAUCAAGUUCCAGUACCGGGGGCGGCCACCCCGUGCCCUCACCAUCAGCAACCCACAGGGCUGCCGGCUCUUCUACAGCCAGCUGGAGGCCACCCAAGAGCAGGUAGAGCUCUUCGGCCCUGUGAGCCUGGAGCAAGUGCGCUUCCCCAGCCCCGAGGACAUCCCCAGCGAAAAGCAACGCUUCUACACAAACCAGCUACUGGAUGUCCUGGACCGCGGGCUCAUACUCCAGCUGCAAGGCCAAGAUCUGUAUGCCAUCCGCCUGUGCCAGUGCAAAGUGUUCUGGAGCGGGCCCUGUGCCUCGGCCCACGGCUCACAGCCCAACCCCAUCCAGCGGGAGGUCAAAACCAAGCUCUUCAGCCUGGAGCAUUUUCUCAAUGAGCUCAUCCUGUUCCAGAAGGGCCAGACCAACACCCCACCACCAUUUGAGAUCUUCUUCUGCUUUGGGGAGGAGUGGCCUGACCGCAAACCCCGAGAGAAGAAGCUCAUCACUGUACAGGUGGUGCCUGUAGCAGCUCGGCUGUUGCUGGAGAUGUUCUCAGGGGAGCUUUCUUGGUCGGCUGAUAGUAUCCGGCUACAGAUCUCAAACCCAGACCUCAAAGACCGCAUGGUGGAGCAGUUCAAGGAGCUCCAUCACAUCUGGCAGUCCCAGCAGCGGUUGCAGCCUGUGGCCCAGGCCCCUCCUGUGGCAGGCCUCGGUGCUGGUCAGGAGGCCUGGCCCAUGCACCCAGUCGGCAUGCAACAAUGAGACUGCAGAUAAUAUCUGGCAUGGGCUUCCCAGGUGGCUAUGUGGACUCCGGUGGCUGUGUGAUGGCCUCAUUGGGCACCUGACUGGCUUGCAGGUCCUCUUUCUGGAUCUUCUGGAAGUGGAUUAGUGCUAAGGAGAGGGAAGAGAGGUCUGAGUUCCAGGCUCUCCUUGCAGCAUCUGAGGGAAGCUAGAAGCCACUUUUGCUUUGAGGGCUCUGUCUUCCUGGACACGCCUCUCCUCUGCUCACUCUGGAGGAAGUCAGACAUCAGCCCCAGUGAGCAGAGGAGGAACUUCCUCAACCCUAGAGGCCUACCUGAGAAGCAUUUGUCCCAGACUGGCCCACCUUUGUGGCUGCCCCCCAAUUCCUCUGGCAAAAACAGCCAAGUGCUGUGGGCCAUGCUCUCUCAGCAGGGCAUGGGUCUGAUCCGAUUUGGGAGUUCCCUCUAGUUUGAGCCUCAUGUCCACAUAUCUGAGACAGAUAUGCACACAGGUAUUAUACCAGAUCCUUAAGGCUGGCAGCUACUUCCUUCUUGAAAGAACAUGGGGUAGAGGUGGAAUUUUAUGUAUUUUUCAAUUAAUAAAUAUUAAAAAGAUCCAGUUACUUCCAUGGUACUCUAGGACCCCGUUUCUGAUAUCAGCUGGCUCUCUUUCCCCGAGCACUUGCCCUCCAUCUCUGGGGCCAUGUCAGAGGGCGGGCCUGCCUUCCAGUGAUGAGUCAGUAGGGCUCCAUGAGCGCUGAACUGGCUGGCUUUGCUUUCUAGGAGGAAGCCAGCUGAAGUAAGGGUGUGGAUUCUUAAAUGUGUGCAGUCUAAGAUCCUGUCCAAGUCAAACUCUUGAGUACAACCGAUAUUAUACAGGAAAAUUUGUUUCAUUGAGUUCAAAUAUUAGAUAGAGCUCUGCAGUCAAGCUUAUUAGCUCAAAACCCAAUUACUUUAACAUACUGAGUGACCCUAUUUACAUAAAACUACAGAACAUGCAAACUAAUCUACAGUGACAGAAAGCAGAUCAGUGCCUACUUGAGCAUGGGGAGAAUGGUAAGAGGCAUGAGGAAACUUUUGGGAGUAAAGGUAUGUUCACUAUCUUGAUUGUGUUAAUGGUUUCAUGGGUGUAUCCGAUGUCAAAGCUUAUCAACUAUAUAACGUAAAUAUGUGCAGCUUAUUCUAUGUCAAUCAUAUUGCAAUAUAGGUUUUUUUUUUCAAAGACCAAUUACUGUAUUCAGAAGAUUAGAUAUCAAUCUACUUGGGUGGCCACUGUAGAAAGAAUAUACGUACCACAAAUGUAGCAUGAGUUUUAGGGUGAACUAGAAGAAAAAAUAUGCAGAAUGAGCCAACUCCCCUGAAAUAUGAAGGGUCCAUGGCAUCAAGAGCAGGGGCCUGCCGUUUAAACUCCACAGGCAGCCGUCUACCAGGUAACGCCUAGGACUGCUCACUCGUGUGGUCUAGCUGUAUCAUUUCAGAGCUCUGAGGCAGUAAAAGGAAGGAGAAACAAACACUGAUUAAAUUUUAAAAAUUUA